CCAAGGCUGGCAUGAGCUCAUAUUUGCGGUAGCUCGUGGUGCCAGGACGUUUGAUUGUGCGAAUUAGCACUGAGAAUCGAUUUUAUUGCGAAGACAAUCAUUUAAAGUCGAUGUUUCUUGCAAGGACCAACUCAGGACGUAACCAUGAGUGUCUAGUGGGUUUAUUUAAUCCAAAAUGAGAGUUAAAGCAAUUAGCUGUCGUCGCUACUAUUGUUGUUGAUUGCUGGGUGUGUCAAUUACCAUGAGGCAAUCAAUAUCGAUCUCGACUCUCGAUAAUUUAAGGUAGACAAGAAGAGAGGAAGUUGAACAACGCUGACUCAACAACCUGAGGUUUCGACCACUUCAGUCUAUUGUCCAGGAUUUUAUCCGGACACAAGAGGUUCCGCCAUGGAAAACCACACCGGCUCCAGCCCCGACCCGAGCACCGACCCGGCGGAUCUGGAUGAGAGAACACUUCCUGCAGACACACACACCGAGGAAGAAACAGAUCUGAAUUUCCCUCAAGACCGUCAACCAAACACCAUAAAAUCAGGUGGCGGUCGCGUGCGGCUGUACUCCGAGUCUCAGGUGUACACCAUCAGCCGCUGUGAGGAGGCGGAGCCUGCGGAGGGGGGCGGGGCCUCGGAGGAGGGGACGGGCGACGGCGCUCCGUUCCGCGGGAGAUCCCAGUCGGCGCCCGCCGCUCUCUGGGCCGCCAAGCGCUACGGACGCCAGCUCCGCCGCAUGAGCGACGAGUUCGACACCUGGCUGGACCGAGGGGCCAUGAAGAGGCGUGUUGAGGGAAACAAAUAGCUGUGGGCAGAUGAGGCACGUGCACGAGACAGCCCGAGGAGCAGAAGCGUGCGGGUGUGUGCGGGCUCCAUCGCCAGGGCCUGCGUGGGUGGUUCUCCUUCCUGUGGAGCCAGAAGGAGGAGGAGGGCAGAGACUGAAGCGCCCGCCGGGUGCGUUCCCUCGCAUCACGCCGGUGGAGGGGGAACGCACCAUCUCCACACAGCUACAGUCGCUGUCCACAGACUCAGCCGUUCGCACAGAAUCAUACACGGCCACAAUGCCUUUUCUUACCUGUGUACAACACACACACACCCACACCCACACACAACCCCUGGGAGGUUUGGAGCCGCGCGUCUGAAGACAAGAGGGAAAGGUUAAUGUCUUGCAAUAAUUGGUGAAUAAGAGUAGUUUUGCAAAACCGAUAACUGUUAGUUUAAUCUGACAAUCUCCAAAGUGACAAUCUCGCUCAUACAAAAAUAGAUGGCAUUUCACAGAUAUAAAAAAAAAUAUUUAUCAAUAUUUACAAUUUAAAGUAUAAAAUAUUUCUACCAUAAGUGUUAUUUUGUUCAAUGUCCUUUUCUAGUAUAAAUUAUAGAUAUAAAUCGCUAAAUGUGUGCGUACAAUCAAAGGUUAGAUAAUCUCCUGCCACAACCCAAAUACCUGCUGAGCAGCAGCACCAGGCCUGAGAGGAGCUGGGGCGGAUCUGGGGCGGAUCUGGGGAGGAGCCGGGGAGGAGCUGGGGAGGAGCCGGGGAGGAGCUGGGGCGGCCCGGCGCUUAACCAGGACGGACUCUUCAGAGGAGAAUCAGAGGAUAAUGAUGAGAAUGGAGUGUAGUGUUCCCUAGUCGUCCCGUACCUUACCUUACCUGGCUCAGGAUUGAUGUUUGCCCUCACCUGUGCCGUCGUGAACUACCUGUAGUCGGACUUUACCUGUGCGUAUGUAUGUACAGUACGCCGCUUGUGACGCGUACAGACUGCCUGAUGCGUUCCACCUGCGCAAGACUGCGCACCUGAACUGGAACGACUCCUUAUGUACAUUUCCAUUAUUUAAAUAUUUAUGGCAAAAAAAAUACAUUAAUGUUAUUGCUGUUUGUUUGUUUGUUUAAGUUGUAAACAUCUCAUGUGUGCAUAUUGGUGGGAGACUUUGUUGUUGUACAGGAUGCCUGUAGACGCCCCGUGCGUGUAGUAUUGUCGUUACCUGAAGCCCUCCUCUUCACCAGCUGUGCUUCGCCUGCUGAUUACAGCACACAGACUGUGCCUCCCAAACUACUGCUGACCAUGGCUGCCCGCACGGCACAGGACUGUGGGGCUGGUCUGGCCCGGAUCCGGCUGGGACAUGGCCCUCAUACGGGCCAGAUCUGGCCCACGGUCCACUGCCAGCUGGGCCUAGACUGUCACCUGAGGUGGGAAAGGGCUUGUUGAGGUAGCCUUGCAGCCAUACUGCUGGGGUUCUACUUGAAAUGUACCUG